AUGGAAGAACUGUUGAAAAAGAUCUUGGAACGGAAAAGAAGCGAGCGUUCCUCUUCAGAGGAGUCGAGCACUUCACCAGAAGCAAAAAAAGCGAGGAGUGAUGAAGUAAACUCUCCUGAAGAAGUCGAGGAGCACGAGGUUGAAGACGAAAUCUUUACGGUUUUGAACAUGGCCGAAGGUUUUCAUAAAGCUUUGGAGGAGAUAAAUCGAAAGCUGGAAAAGCUAGACGCUAUCCAAACAACAGUAAAUGAAGUCCAAACGUCCCUUCAAAAAUUGGAAGGAAGAAUACAGAAGCUGGAAUAUUCGCAAACAACCGCCAGCCACGACAUUGAGAACUUGAAAGAAAGCUUAAAUAAAGCUGAGAAGCAACAGCAGAAUUCGACAGCGAGCCUAAAAUUUUACCAGGAGAAAACAGAUCUCGCUUUAACCGAUUUGCAGAAGAAAAAUGUUGUUUUAGAAGCUAAGCUUAAAGAGGUACAAGACAAGAAUCUCUAUUUGGAAGCCUACUCGAGGCGGGAAAAUAUAAUUUUUGAAAAUAUUGUGCAAGAAACAGACAAAGAAGACACUGAAUUAGUUGUUCGCACCUUCCUCGAGACGGAAUUAGGAUACAAAGAUGCAAGCACCGUUGAAAUACAGAGGGUUCAUCGCUUAGGAAAGAAGAAGGAAGAAAAGCCCAGGCAAAUUAUCGCAAGGUUCCUCCGCUAUAAGAACUGUGAAGAAAUUCUAGCUUUGGGCUCCCGUUUGCGAGGAAGCAGAUUUAAAAUGUAUCAAGAUCUACCCUACGAAAUAGUAGCAAGAAGAAGAAAGCAAAUGGACACUUUUAAAGAAGCUAGGAAAAAUAACAUCCCUGCAUCUUUUAGUCGGGCACAACCGGAUAAGCUCUUGAUAAAAGGUAAAAUUUGGCCAGUUGGUAAACCUCUCGAGAUACCAGGAUAG